AUGAGAAACCCUACAGUGAUUACAGAGUUCAUACUCUUGGGCAUCUCACAUGACCCACAGCUUCAGGUUGUAAUCUUUAUCUUUUUAUUUAUGGCUUAUGCAUUAAGAGUCACUGGAAACCUAACCAUCAUCAUCCUCACCUUGACAGACUGUCAUCUCAAGACUCCUAUGUAUUACUUCCUGCAGAAUUUCACCUUCUUAGAAAUUACACUCACCAGUGUCUCUAUCCCCAGAUUUUUGGGGGCAAUCAUGAUGAAUAUCAAGACCAUUUCCUAUAAUAAUUGUUUAGCUCAACUAUUUUUCUUCAUCUUCAUGGGUGUUUCGGAAUUUUUUCUUCUCACUGCCAUGUCUUUUGAUCAUCACAUUGCCAUCUGCAAGCCUCUUCAUUACACCACCAUCAUGAGCAAAAAAAUCUGCACCCUGCUUGUCUUUGGGUCCUGGCUAGGAGGAUUUCUUACCAUUUUCCCACCACUCAUGCUCAUCCUCCAGCUAGAUUUCUGUGCUUCCAAUGUAAUUGAUCAUUUCUCUUGUGACUCUUUCCCCAUCUUACAACUCUCAUGCUCAGAUACAUGGCUUUUGGAGAUGACUGGCUUUUACUUUGCUUUUGUCACUCUGCUGUUCACUUUGGCAUUAGUGAUUGUCUCCUACCUGUGCAUCCUUAACACCAUCCUGAGAAUCCCAUCUUCUAGUCAGAAAAAGGCUUUCUCCAUGUGCUCCUCUCACUUGAUUGUCAUUUCCAUCUCUUAUGGGAGCUGUAUAUUCAUGUAUGUCAAGCCUUCAGCAAGAGAAAGAGCAUCACUGACCAAAGGAGUAGCUAUUCGCAACACCUCAAUUGCCCCCAUGUUGAACCCUUUUAUUUAUACCCUGAGGAAUCAGCAAGUAAAACAAGCUUUCAGAAACUUGCUUCAUAAAGUACUGCUUUCUAGAAAAAAAUGA